GGCAGCGCCAGCAGCAGCAGAAGCAGCGCCGACAACGACGGGCCAGCCAGUCUAGAACGUAGAACGCAGCGGGCAGAACAAUUGUGUUUUGGAUUCCUUGCCGUGCGGUUGCGGAUCGCGUCGCGUUGCCAAACAAGAGCAACAAUAUUUUUCUCUGUGUGUUUUUGUGUGUGCAAAUGAAUUCAAGCUACAAAUUUCUCAUAUGUACAAAUAUAUACUAUAUUUUUUUUGUGUUGUGCUCAUGUGUUCUUUCAUCUAACAUUUACAACAGUCCACAAGCAAAUUACAAAUAAUAAUAUUAAUAAGAAUAUCAAAGCAACAACCAAUACAAAAGAAAAAUCAAAGAGCAAAAACAAAAAGCAAAAAACAAAUACAAAAAACAACCAAAAAACAAAUAUCAAAUAAAAAGCAACAACUUUUUGUUUCUCGUUGUUUUUCCAAGACGACAACGUUAACGUGUUUUUGUUGUUGCGCUCACUUGUUUCCAGUGCCAGCGCUGCCAGAUCGCGAGUUAUGAAAGCGCAAGCGUCGCCAGCAAGUAGCAACAGCUACAACAACAACGCCACCAACAACUGUUGAAGCACAUUGAAAACUAACUGUAUAUAUUUGUAAAGAAAUAUAUACACAUAUAUAUAUAUAUAAAUACGUUAUAUUGUAAAUACUAUUUUUGAUAUACAAAACGUUUUACAAACUACAAGGCAAAUAUUGCCCGAGCAACUAAAAUGGAUAACAGCGAACCAAGUUCGAUAAACAACAAUAAUAACAACAACACCAGCAGCAGCAGUAGCAGCAGCAGCAGCAUUGCCGCCGCCGCAGCAGCAGCAGCAGCCAUGGCAGCAGCCGCCGCAUUGGGCUUUAACCAACAGGAGCAACACAAGCGACCUGCCAAGGACUCGACAGCAACAGUUGCUGAGCGCCACAGCAAUGGCAAUGGCAGUGCUACCAACAGCAACAGCAAUGGCAACAGCAACAGCAACGGCAACAGCAACAGCAGCAGCAGCGCCUGCAGCCCCAAAAUGGGAUCACGUCGCAUCUUCACGCCUCAAUUCAAGCUGCAGGUGCUCGAGUCGUACCGCCAUGACAACGACUGCAAGGGCAACCAGCGUGCGACGGCGCGCAAGUACAACAUCCAUCGGCGGCAGAUACAGAAGUGGCUGCAAUGCGAGCCCAAUUUGCGCUCGUCCGUGGCCAACAACCAGCACCAGCAUCAGCAGCAGCAGCAACAACAGCAGCAGCAGCAGCAGCAAUCAUUGCCGCUGGGUUGUCGCAAGCGCGCGGCCCAAACGCUGUGGCAUGGCGACAGCAGCGGCAGCAGCAGCAGUCCGGCGGACAAGCUGAGCAAACUGGAGGCCAUCAAGUGCGAGCCCAGCGACAACGAGGCGGAGGACGACGUGGACAUCGACGUGGAGGCGGAAGCGGAGGCAGAGGCGGAGGCCGAGACUGAGGCGGCAGCGGCAGCAGCAACUGUUGCUGAGCACAAGCUGCCCGCCAAGCAGGUGAAGCUCUUCAAGCCCUAUCUGCUGGACGAGAGUGCAGCCCAGGAGGAGGAGGAGCGGGAGCGGGAGCGGGAGCAGGAACAUGAGCGGGAGCAGGAGCCGGAGCAGCUGGAGCUGCGCGUCGAGGAUGAGUGCGAUGCGGAUGCCGAUGACGAGGAGCAUGCCACGCUCAAUGGCAGCAGCGGCGCCAGCAGCAAGAAGAAGAAGCGCGUGACGCCCAAGCAGCGGGAGCCGAUCAUCUGGAGCAAUCAUCCGUUUGCCGGCGUCAGCAGCAACAGUUGCUUUCAGUCGCCGCCGCCGCCAUCGCUGCUGAUGCCCUAUGGAGCCGGCGCAGCAGCGCUGCCGCCGUUUCACGCCGGGAGUCCUCAGCAGCAGCAGCAGCAACAGCAGCAGCAGCAGCACUUUCAAGGCAGCAACAGCUGCAGCAGCAGCAGCAGCAGCAACAGCAGCAAUUGCGGCGGCAGCAAGCCCGCCACGCCCACAAUCAACGUGCUCAGCCCAUUCUCGGCGCCGGCGCUCUCGCCCAUCGGCUUCUGCUGCCCCAAGGGCUCGCCCGUGUCCGGCUACGAGAGCAGCUCCUCCACCUACAGCGACAGCCCCAGCGCCAGCUCCUCCUCCACGCACGGCUACAGCCUCACCCUGCAGCUGCACGCCCCCGUCUACAACGACAAUCUGAUGCAGCAGCAGCAGCAGCAGCAACAGUUGCAGCUGCAGCGCUGGCUCGACCAGGAGGCGCUGGCACGUCUUAACUCCGCUGCGGCUGCGGGUCCGCCGACGGCCACGCCCAACAGCAGCAGCCGGGCGGCGCCCAUCACGCUGCUGGCCUAAGCGACAGCCGCAGCAGCCAUCGAACCACCCACCUUAGCGAGCGCUUGGGGGCGUGGCCUAGGGCCUCUUCCCGGGCCUUGUAAGUUACAGCUUAACGAAAAGUCUAAAAAGAAGAAGAAGAAGAAGAAAGCAAAAGAAAAAAA